AUACACAAUAGGGUAUCGAUCCCAUAUCUCUUGAUCAGUUAGCAAAGGAAGGCAUCAUUGCUCUCCGACGUGCCAAGAGACGUAACAUGGAGAGAUUAGUGCUAGCUUGUGGCGGGGAGGCCAUGAACUCGUUUGAGAAUCUCUCGCCGAAUUGUCUUGGGAAGGCAGGACUUGUUUAUGAGCACGUACUUGGUGAAGACAAGUAUACCUUUAUUGAAGAUGUUGACAAUCCACAAUCUGUUACUAUUCUAAUUAAAGGCCCAAACAAGCACACCUUAUCACAGAUAAAGGAUGCGGUCCAUGACGGACUCAGAGCAGUCAAGAAUGCUAUUGAGGAUGGGUCUGUUGUUCCUGGGGGUGGAGCUUUUGAAGUUGCUGUCUACACUGCACUCAACUCACCUGACUUCCUCUCUACUGUGUCUGGUCGUGCUAAGUUUGGUGUCAAA